UAAGAUAAUAAAUGAUUUUAAAAUGUAGUUUAAGAUCAGGCAGCGCUAAGGACGCCUUUACUCCGGAACGGGGUCCUUACAAGUUCACUGUCGCGUGCUUUGAUUUCAUCCCCCUGCAGCGCAUAGCCGUCCAUGCAGAAUACGGACUGUUGAUGUAGCUCACUGAGGUGUUACCGUGGCGAUGGCUCGGCCUCCUCCGGACCCUCUGUACAUCCUGAGGGGUUCAGGGGCUGCAGUGAACACCCUGCACUUCUGCUGUGAUGUACAGGGACCGCCGCUGUUGUACUCUGGGUCUGGUAAAGGAGCAAUCCAUGUGUGGAAUCUGACCACCAGAAGACCAGUGCGUGUUUUAGAAAGCCAUGCUGGCAACUCCGUAAUCUGGCUCCAGGCUUUUAAAGACAGCAGUACUCUCAUCAGUCAGGGUCGAGACAUGCGUGUGUGCGUGUGGGAUCUGUCUGAAGGCCGCGGGACAGUGACGGAUUCUCUCUUCACGGGCAGUGUAGGCUUCUGUCAGUGCUCUCUGCUGGAGACCCGACCGGGAUCCACUUUACUGGCUCACCCCACAGAACACAUGGAUGAGGUGAGUGUGGUGGAGAUGAAGAACUGGACUCAGGUGUGCACUCUGAAACCAGACCUUAAACUGGGGAUGCUCAUGUGUAUGAAGAUGUGGCAGGCAGAGUCUGGUCCGGUUCUGUGUGCUGGUUAUGAAGAUGGCUCUGUGGUAUUAUGGGAUGUUCCCCAUCGCCGUCCAUUCAGCCAUCUGAAGCCACAUUCUGAGCCGGUGAUGUGUCUAGAUGUUGACGUCUGCGGGCAGAAGGGCAUUUCAGGGUCUUCAGACGACAUCCUCCACUCCUGGACACUCGACGCACAGCAAAACCUUCAGAUGCACAACUCCGUUCAGCUGACCAAUCCUGGAGUCUCCCAGCUGAAAAUCCGUGCGGAUGGCAGGAUCCUAGCGACAGCUGGAUGGGACAACAACAUUAGAGUUUUUGGUCGGAAGAAGCUGAAGCCACUGGCUGUUUUGCAACAUCACACUGACAUGGUGAAUAGUGUGGCCUUCUCCGACCAUAAGGACCCACCACAGAGACUUCUGGCCGCAGGGUCCAAGGACCAACGGAUCACAGUGUGGUCUAUAUAUAGCGAAAGCUGAGGCCAGGUUUGAAAGACAAGGCCCUCUUUACCUUUUUCAUCAAGCUGAUUGUUGCAAAUUACUCUGACUUUAUUUACAUGCUUGAAUCUGGCGCUAAUAUAUUUCGCUUUGAAGGAAAGCGCUCCAAACACCAAUUAGCGUCUCAGUGCCGUUCAGAGGCGGACCUACAACACGGCAGGACGUGGACCAUUAACAGGACUUGACAGGCUAUGUUUCAACCUAUAGAAACAAGCUUGGUUUGAGACAUUCCCACAUUGGGAAUCAAACAAAAGGAACUAAACUAAACACACUCCAUCAUCGUGUUUGGAUGCAACAAUAGCUUAUAUUUAAAUAUGUUUCAUUGUAGACGCUCGCAUGUGUUUGCUUUCCUCCGAGGAGUAGAUGCGUAUUUGCUCUCGAAGUCGCACCUGACCGCCGAUGUAAUCCACGGCUGUUUUUCUAAAUCUGUCUCCGAGUUUAAGAUUGCCCUCUGGAGUGACCUGUAUACAUCACGCAGGGUUAAUCACAAGGGCUCAGGCAACACAGACAGGCCUGUUUGUUAGGAAGAUAUAUUGAGCGAGUUUUGUUCUUUCCUUUAAGCACACGAGCUGAUGAAGGAGCAUGGACAAGGAUGACCUCUGCGUUUGGAUAUAGCUAAAAGACAAACCAGUAAUUUCUGCAUAUGUUGCUUUUGCGAAUGCUGGGGUUUUAUGUAAAGAGGUUUGAAUCCACACGUUAUGAUUUAUUAUGCAUUCGUCAGAUGCUUUUAUACAAAGCGAGUUAUUUCUUUCAAGCUAUACUUUUUUAUGUGUGUUUCCUGGGAAUUAAACUCUCAACCUUUGGCAAUGCAAAUGCAAUGCUCAACCAGUUGAACUACAGCAACUCUCACAGGAAAAUUGUUUCUUAUGAUACACUUUUUUAGGUAAUAACUUCUUAGAUUUUAAGUAACUCACCGUGAUAUAAAACAACCCUAAUCAUUAGCGGACAUACAGGUAGCUAUUUUGUCAGUAUAUACGGUUUAAUAGCCUUUUAUGACACUCGGUUAAGUAGGUUUCAUGCAUCUCAGCUUUGUCGGUAGGACAUCAAACAGCUAACAGCCGUCGCAUAAAGCAUAUGUCUCUGGGGACGUACCCAGACUGGAAUAUCUCAUCAGACAGUACAGGAAACUUGGGGAACAUGGAGGCCAUCCUUUUAAAGGAAAAACAACAGCGGGCGAGUCGCCGGCCAGAGAGGAAGACAAAACAUUUCAUUUCACAGUCUGCGUGGUGAUCAUUAGCUCGCCCUUUGUCAUUUGCGGACCCUCACGUACCUUUGUCCGUGACCUCUGUAAAGCUUGUCCGAUUGAUAAUCACUUCCUAUUUGUGUAGGCCUGAUGGGACGGGGGCGGGUACAACAAAGCCCAAAGUGGGGUCCCUUCCAUCCGUUCUGUGCAUAAGCCCAUAAAUGCUAGAGAUCGUACCUCCCAAGUUAAUAAUAGAUCACUUAAGAAGUCAAUAUAAGCAGAACCUCGACACGGGCCACUGACAAAAACCUGCGGCUCAGAGAACAACAGACAUGCGCCUGUGUACCGCACGAGGGGUCAGAGGUCAUCGGACCAUUCUACUCCAGCUUAAACAAACUUUCAGUCACCCACAUUGGUCUCUGUAUGGUGUGUGUUGCUAGAUGCAAAGAUACCCUUGGGUCUCUUUGGUUAGACCAGGAAAAUAGAUUUUCGCUUUUGGAAACGAAUAAUAAUCCUUGGUAAUCAUCACAGACUGAGGAAAUUGCACUUGGAAGGAGAGAAAGUUCAAACUGGAUGCAUAAAAUGUUUAAACGUUGCCAAGAUUGUUUAAAAUAAAACUGUUUUUUGCGAUAA